CAUUGGCUACUACGGGUUCCCAGGAAGGCCAAAAUAUUUUACGCAUCAAGGGGAUCAAAGAUCAGUUCAAGGAGGAGGGUCUGAAAAAAUACUCCUAGGCGCUUCCGCCUAACAACGCAUGUUUGGCUCCUCCCAUGGUUACCGAGGAGAGUGGCAGAGACAGAGAGAAGCUAACAUGGCUCAGAGAGCGGAGGGGGCAUUUGUCCUGCACGGGAGGAAAGCUGCACUCAGUGAGAAGCCAUAUGAAUUCCUGAGCAACACUCAAAAAACAACCAGUAGCCAUAAUCUUACCUUUAAUUCAGCUGCUAAUAACCGUAAAUUUAAUGGCAUCCAUGGAGGACAAGAAAGAGAUAACACAUUGUCUGAGUACACCAAGGAAACUCCAAGCAUUGAUGACCUAGAAGAAAACUUGAGAAAAUUGAAGGUUCAAGUGGACAGCCUGGCAUCAAGCCUUAAUUUUGGCUAUGAGAAAACAGAUGACCAUAAAGAAUUGAACGUUCCUCAGUGGCCUUUGCAUAUGAGCAGUUCGUCUUAUCAAACUAGAGACAAAGCAUUGCAGACAACAUUGGAUUCUCAAUGGUUUCUAAAGCCACAGCAUCUAGUAAAACCCUUAGAAAAACUUUCUGCAUUACAGAGCUUGGGACUCCCCAUGUUUUCAAGGUCUUUGCCUAAUCGACCAGUAGGAACACUGGGAAGUGAAAUUUCAGCAAUGGAUUCAAGCGCUUCAGCAGUAAAGCCAUUAGAUAUUGCUUCCUGUGAAUCAUUUCCAGUGAAGCUUGGAGCACCUCAUGUGGUUGGGGUCAAGUCUUUACUCCCUCCCAAGAUCCCUGUACAUUGUCGCUCUCCUGACAAAACAAAGUACCCAACGGUCCGAGGAAGAUCACAGUCUUUAGAGCGUUCACAUUCCUUCUCGCCUGCCUCUAAGAAAGCUCGAUGGCUGAGAUCCCGUUCACAGUCUCCAAAACCUGUCUGGAGACCAAACUCUGCAAAAGCUAAUGCAUGUGGACAGCCUCCUCCACGGCCACGAUCCAGUGGUAAGACAUCUUCCUUAAACAGACAGUCACGAUCCAGGUUUUAUAGACCAGGAUCUUUAGUUACCAGGUCACUUACUCCUCCAAGAAAAAUUAAGAAGAAUCUCAAUUACUCCUGGAGUCCUUACAGCCUACCGUCAGCUGCAAUAUCUGCACCAAGCGCUGAGGAAAUUAGUGAAAGAUUCUUGCAGACGCUGACAGAGGGAGGAGUUGCAAUGUCUGUGCUGGAAGCUUCCCCCUAUCAGCAAGAGCUGGCACGGUUGAGACUAGAACGUCUUCGUGUGGAAGAGGAGCUGCUAUUGGAACUUAAGAGACAGCAAGAACUGGAAAGAACCAGAGGACCAAAACCUAAAUGGUAUGAGAUGAAAAACUCACAGUUCCACUACGAAGCACGCAAGAAUAAUGAACUGCUGAAAACAAGCAAGGAUUACCAGUCAAUCUAUAACUAUCGGCAUGAACUUGGCGCUGCAUCAAGGAACUUUCAGGAGCACUUAAACAUUACACAACUGGAACCCGUAUAAAAAAUAAAGCACCUCAUUUAUUUUUUCGGUA